AUGUCUCUAGCAGUGCUUCGUUUGGUGUCCAUCGCGUCCGUGGUGGCUCUUGUGUUGUACUUCGUGCUCAAGCACUUGGCCGUCCCGCAGAAUGGUGCCAAGAGACUAAAGCGAAACGAAGGCCCUGCUGAGCGCAAGCUCGUCAAGGGUGGCACACCGCAGAAGAUUGAUCUCUUUACCGCCAGCGUAUGUGCAGCCUAUCCAGAUAUGUCUGUUGACAGCGUCCGUCGUCUUUUUCCACGCAAAUUUGAGGUGCACGGUCACGUCGUGGUGAUUCGCCUGAACGAUGGCACCUCGGUAGAGGAAGUCCGCCCACUGAUGCGCUUCUUUGCCCAGUCCUUCGCUCCGGUUUCAGUCGACGUGGUACUGCUGGAGGUGGACGGCAUCGUUGGCGAGCUGCGCCGCCCAUCUCUGCAGCUCCUGUUCCAGGCGGACACCGCCUUGACGGAAUAUGCGACGUCGCUGCGACGCACCAUUCAUCGCCGCUGGAGUGAUGCGCAGAAGCGAGGGCAACCUUUGUGUAUGACAAUUGAUGCCAUGGAGAGCACGCUGAAGCGGUGGACAGCGUCACCGACCUUCACGGCACAUGUGGAGAACGGCGUCAUAUACAGCUUCGACGUGUCGCGGGUGAUGUUCAGCAGCGGCAACACAACGGAGCGAAUACACUUUGGCGCCGUCGCUGCUUCUGGUGAGGUGGUAGUAGACAUGUUUUGCGGCAUUGGCUACUUCGCUCUGCCCCUAGCGAUGCAUGGCAACGUGGCGGAGAUUCACGCUCUUGAGAAGAACCCAGACAGCAUUGACUUUGUGAAGCUGAAUGCCGUACUGAACAGGGUGGGCCACCUCAUUCACCCCGUGUGCGGCGACAACCGCGAGGUGGGGGAAGAGCUGGUGGGCAAGUGCGACCGUGUGCUAAUGGGUUACAUCCCCACCUGCAAGUCAUUUCUCCCACGCGCCGCCUCGUUCCUCAAGCGCAACGAGGCAGGGAGGAACAGUGGCAUCGUGCACUACCACUUCCUCGCCGAGAAGCUCUGCGCUGCCCAGGAAGCGCUGAGGGACGUCCAGGAUGAGCUCGGAAAGGAAGUCGCCGCAUCCGUCCGCAUUACUGACCUUCGAUGUGUGAAGUCGUACGCGCCGAAGCGCUUCCACUUUGUCGCUGAUCUCUUUUUCGAGUGA